AUGAGUAGCUGUCUUUUCCGGCUGGCACUGCUCGUGGCUUGCGUCCUCUCCAUCCUCUGCACCACCGAGCCUGCACCCGGUACCGGUACCAGCAGCACCAGCACCGGUACCGGAACCAGCACCGGGACCGGCACCGAGGAGCCAGACUCGGGCCGGCUCAACGUGGACUUCCUCGAAGCCGUAAAGAGGCACAUACUGAGCAGGUUGCAGAUGAGGGAGAGGCCCAACAUCACGCACCCGGUCCCUAAAGCGGCCAUGGUGACGGCUCUGAGGAAGCUGCACGCGGGGAAGCUGCGCGAGGACGGCCGCGUGGAGAUCCCGAACCUGGACGGACACCCGAUGAGUAACGAGCUGCAGGAGGAGAGCUCAGAGAUCAUCAGCUUUGCAGAGAAAGGUGCGUGAUGGACAUGUUUUCUAUGGUUUAAGAGAGAAAGUUGAAGUCUGAUUUCAAACCACUUCUACAU